AUGACAUCUUCCCCCAUCUUUCACAUCACCAAGGUUCCUGCAUCUCUUUGUGCAGUUCCAAACUAUGCUAAAAUAGUCAAUGUUGCGAUUCCUCAGUUAAAUAAAAAUAAUAAAGUCAUUGAAGUGAAAGACCAGUACUGGAGAAUUAAAUCAAAGGAAGGCAAUCUGCAGGCAGCCUACCAUGGUCUGAAAGCUGACAUAAUCCAGCUGGAAGAGAGAAAUGUCUUCUGUGGUUCCUACAAUAUUUGUGUCCUCGUGGACAAAGCAGAUCUGAGAAGAACAAUCCAUUACAGUGGUGGAAAUUUGGUAGCCAUUGGCUCUUCAGACCAUAAAGUGAGGCUUUUUGAUAUGUUGGCAAUGAAAGAAGUGCCUCCUCUGCUCUCUGACCACAGUGGGAGCACAGCGCUCUUCUUCAGUGAGAAGAGAGGGUUUGUUCUCAGCACAAGCUUUGAUCUCAGCAUCAGACUCUGGUACAUACUCAGUGGUGCUUGUGUGAAAAUCUUUAUUGGUCACUAUGGGACAAUCACCUGCUUGGAUUCACAUGAAAAGAAGUUUGUGUUGGGAGCCAGAGAUAGGAUGGUGAAAGUGUGGAGCCUCGAGAGUGGGAGAUGUCUCAAGACUCUGAAGCACAACAGUGAUGUUUUGGUAGUUAAAGUGGAUCACACCUGUGUUGUCAGUGGCUGUGAGCAAGGGCUGGUGAAAGUCUGGUGUGCUGAUAGAGGCACCCUGAUCAAAAUAUUAGAGAGGCACUGAGGCCCAGUUAAGUGCUUGUCCUUUGAUCAGUGGCACCUAGUCACAGGAAGCACCGAUGGAUAUGGCCUGGGAUGGUGCAUGUUGGAAAACGUCAAGAGAUGCCUAAGAGUUUUCUGUUACCCUAAGGAAGUUCUGUCUCUGGAGUUCCUCUAUCUCAGAGUCAUCAGUGGCUGUGCUGAUGGAAAGACUCGUAUAUUUAGCUUCUUGACUGGAAGCUGCUUGAAAGUGUUGAUGGCCAAUAGCAGAGAGGACCCUGUAUCUUCUUUUUAUGGUAAAUCUGAACAUGUCCCUUCUCUCUAUGUACCUGCACAUCCUGACAGGGAAGAAGCCACUUUGCAGCAUGAAAAGAAAAGAGGCCCAAGUUGUCCAAUGUCCCUUGACAAGCUCCUUCUAAGACUCAACACAUUGCAGGAUUCCCACAAGGCAGCCCCAGUCAGCUCCAGUGUUAAGCACCCAGCAGAAGUCAGGGAAGGAUGGGAACAUCCACUGGUGCAUCAGCAACACUACUCUGAAAAGGUAGAAAUAGACAAAACCCCUGUGCAACACGAAAAGCAUCAGACAGUCCAGCUCCAACAUGUGAGAUUGCACAAUGAUUCUUUGACUAUGAAAAGGAUUUCUCUAAUCUUUGAAACCAAAAUGCUGCAGCUCAAGCUGAAAAACUCUUUGCAUGGACUCACUGUGAAAUCCUCCAUCCCUGCUCCCUCUGUUGUAUGUCCCAAGACUUGUGGUUUGCCGCGAGAAAAGCAAGCUCACAGUAGUCAUGGUAAAGCUAUUCCUCUCACCAAAGACGGGGUUCAGCUUAACGAUCCCUUUACAGCUUCUUCCAAACUGAUCAAAUCAACACGUGUGAUGAUUGCACAAACAAAAACCGAAGCAGUUUCCAGGAGAACAAAGCCCUUUUGUCUGGAUGUUGCAGACCCUUCCCAGAGUGACAGUGGGUUCAGGCUUCUGACAGCAAAACAGAAGGAAAGAUCUUCUGAGGCAGCUACUGUAGCUCAGUAUCAGGCACACCAGACAAAGCUCCCAGAAGAUCAGCAAACAGCACGCAAGAAGGCCUGGUUAAGGAAAAUUAAAGUCCUACCCAUAGACUCUACUGGGGAAGGGAAAAUAGCUGCUCCUGAACUUGGGCUUAAUAUAUAUGUCUAA